AUCUGCGUGUCUAAUCGCGAUCAACGUGGCGUCGCCGGCUUUUCUUCUCUCUUGAAGCUUUUUUGCGUCAUUGUUACUUGAUGGCGGACGAGUUAAUAGGCGUAGAGACCGGUGGUUCGAUCCGUGUUAUAUUCGGUUCGUGUUAUAUUCCAAGAGUGCAGGAAGGAUGCGCCGGGUGAUAAAAAUUUUAUUGGAUCAUAUUCAAUUUAAAUGCAAGAAGAAGUGGUAUAAGAAUCUUGCCAGAGUGUUAUCAGUGCUCAGCUAUCAUGUAUUGUAAUAAGCGAUAAAUUAUUUAACAAAUAACCGGACAUCGAUGUUUUGGACGAUAGAUUAUCCUCUCUUGUGGUCGUGUAAAUCUCAACGGUUCAAAGUGAUGUUAAAGGUAAAGUCAAAAUAACAGAUUUGUAUAAAAUAACAGAUAUUUAUGUAGAUUCUGUGUUACAAAUAGGAGUUCGUGAAUGGUCUCGUCGAAUUGUUGUACUCAGGUGGUAAGCUGGUGGUAGUUACGAAGUGAGCCUCUCGCCGAUCGGCUAGUAGGAGGUGCAUGUGCAUAGGAACGCGGAAUAUUCAUUGACCAUUCGCCGGUGCGACCGUCCUAAAUUCCAACGGCUCGACACCUAUGGCUCGAGGCCCGAGGGGGAUUAAGGAGCACACUAGCGAGGGAAGUGGAGUAGAAGCAACUAAGGAAACGAAACGAAUGAAACGCGCUGCAACGCGAAACACGGAGCGUCACGCGGAGUGACGCGGAGUGGUGGAAGCAGCCAAACAAAAAGAAGCGGAGUGGAAGAGAAGUAGAGUGAGGAGGAGGAGUAUUGGAAAAGGAAGAAGAGGAGAAGUCGAAGCGAGCGUGAUGCGGCAACGACAGUGAGGCAUCGUAAAACGCCGGUGCGUGAUUGCCGCGAGCCGCUUCGGUUUCUCGUUUACAGUCGACAGUCGAACCGCCGCAGGUCUGCGUAUUCUAUUGGCCUCGUGCCUCGCUUGCGUGCCUUCCCCUCAUAGCACGAAUUGCAGCGCGAGGCUUCGAGAUUGCGACAACAAUCGCACGCAGCCCGAUCGUGCUGGCGAAAGCGGAAUUCCUCGGCGGUCUAAUUACGCGCGCGCCGUACAUUCGCGCGUAUCGUUCCGCGUGGAAAGCGCCGAGCCAGUUAUUGCACGAGUGAGUAAUCGAGGCCAAUUGAGGACAGGGUGCGUGCAAUGACUUCCGCGUACGACGAGGCUACGCCGGAGCGCGAGCAGAAGGCGACUACUCCGCGCGGCGCCUCGAAGCCCGGUUUCAUUGUCGAUCAAGAGCUGCACAACGAUCUGGAGAUUGCUGCCGACAUGGAAGAGAGUUCGUCGUCGCGCACGAGUCUCGCAACAGGUGAUUCCGCCGGCGAGGAGCUCCUCGCGGUCUCUUCGGCGGAAAUCAGCAUUCUACCCGGCGAAUCAUUUGACGAGAAUCCCACGAGCGUGCACGACGAGGAGACGCCGGGAACGACGGAGGGACGCGAGAAAGACGACGAUGAAGAUAAUCACGAAGCGGAUCUAGAUUAUUUCGCGAACUCGUUAAAUGAGACCAGUGACACUUCGCGAAUGGAUAGAUCCAGGAACAAAGGAUCUUCUUCCGUGGAGGAAGAUGAACGACACAGCGAGAGGAGGGAAUCGGUCUCAACGUUAUCAGCGAGUAUCGCACCGGAGAUAGCGGUCACGUGCAGUUCGAGAAAGGAGCAGGAUCAAAGGAGUCAGAACAUACCGGAGACACGGACGCAAGAGCGACGCACGUGGGACGACGUCCGCGUCGAGAAGAAUCCGCGCGACUCGCACGUGGCAGGCAUGCGAGCUCGCUGCGAAAUCGUGGAGGAGCUUUGUCCGGACGAGGUGCAAGAUGAGAUCGUUCAAGGUGGUCAGAGCGACUCCUACGAUUUCUACGACGCCGUACGGUCGGGAAACGUCAAACAUGUCUCGGCGUUAAUCGCCAGCGGCUGCGUGCAGAACCUGGACGAACCGGAUUGGAAUGUGUCGGGCGAUCCACCCCUAUUAGUGGCAGCCACGAACCAGUGCCUACCUGUGCUCAGCACGUUACUAGCGAAUGGAUGCGACCCAGCUGUGCGUUCGCCGCGCGGUGAAACGGCGCUGCACAGAGUGAUUCAGAACGGUGGGCCGAGCAAUGUGUUGAAAUUUGUAGAGGACCUCCUGAAGCACGGCUGCCCCCCGAACGUUAAAGUAGCCGGCAGCGGCUCGACUGCACUGCACGUGCUCUCCCGUCAGCUCGCUCACACGCCGCUGAAAUCCCUUCAUCACAAUUUCGACGUGGCCCUAAAAACGCUGGAAUUGCUGGCGAAGGCAGGGCUAGUCAACGUCAAGGAUCACCAGGGCCGAAGCCCCUUGCACAUCCUGGCCUCGUCGGUGAUCUUCGAUAACAACGACAAAACCCACAUCGAGUCGUUAAUCGUGACGCUGUUGGAUGCCGGCGCGGACACCGCCCUGAAGAACGACCGCGGUGAAACGCCUCUGCACGAAAGCCUGGAAUGCGGCGCGCUGAAUACGGCGGAACUUCUGAUACCGCACACCCCAGCCGGCAUCACGUCGCGCUACGGCGAGACGCCGCUGCACAUCGCGUCACGGAAGAACUACGUCAACAUGGUGACGCAACUGCUGGCCCACGAGGAAGAUCCAGGCGCGCAAGACGCGGGCGGGAAUACCCCGUUGCACUUGGCAGCCGCCCGCGGAUUCCAUCAGACCGUGUCGUUGUUGGUCACCUCGCCGUUAGCGCAACUGGAGAAUGUCAAUAUCGACGGACUGACCGCGCUGCAGGUCGCCACCGAGAGCAGAUUCAUCAAUUCCGUGAAGAUACUGCUGAAAGCCGGCGCUGAUCCCAGUCAGAUCAUGCACUAUUGUGCGACCAUCUUGCGUCAACAUCCUGAUAUCUCGCUCCUCGUGAACCACGAGUUGACCAGACGUCGACAACUCGCCGCCUAAUCCGACUUCGAAAUAACUCACUUGCCCGGAACGUUUGGUUCCCGGUAUUACUAUUAAGAAUUACUGCGUACAAUGCUACACACUCGUUGCUCAAUAUCGCGAUACGUAUAGCUCAUUGUGCGAAAUUGAUGUGCAAUCGCGAGCAUUAUAGUAAUAAUAAUGAACGAAAAUCGUUGAUGCCAUAAAUUUUGGCUGUGGACCGAAGUGCACUUAAUUUAGAAGACUGGCGAUACUUUACGAUUUAGAAUACAUACACGUACAAAUGUAUGUGUACGUGUGUGUAAAGGCACAUUGUCGCAAAUAAAUUUUUAUAUCGUUAUCGCCAUUGUCGUUUUGUUCUCGCUGUUGUCGCUACCGUAAUCUUAUCGUGAUUAUUAAUAUUAUUGCUAUUGAUGUUUUAUAGUUACACGUUUACUUGUUAUUGACAUGAUUUGUCCGAGAUGCAAGGAAAAUACGGAGGUGUAAUAAAAUUGAGACACGCUGCGAGUUCUCAUAA